AUGGAGUCACCACCGCGCCGAUUGGCUCCGCCAAGGCCAAGGCCGCUCGAGAGCACCAGCGUCCUCCUGGAGCCUCCAGGCGCCGCGGCGGAAACACGCACACCCUCGCCGGGCCUGAGCGGCUCGCGGCGGAGCAGCAGGACCUCCGUGGCGUCCUCGACUUCGCUGAAGAGCCCUUCGCAGGGUGCUGGAGUGGCGAAGCAGAUUUGCCGGUGUGGCACAACUGUGCUUUUCCCUCCCGGCGUUCUCAGCAGAACAUGCUGGAAUUGUGGCAGGCAACUGGUCACUGAUGGAUUGAGCGAGACACCAAACGGUGCCAAGCUGGAAGUCCGGGUCUCGCCGCAGCUUUCUGCGCCUCCGCAGCUUCAGCGGCCCACAGGUCUGCCACCCGUUGCGCCAGAACCAGCUGCGACGAAGACCUACGUCAAUCAGGCGCAUGCUCAGGCAGCCCCAGGAGCUUUCGCCAUCGGAGCACUCUUCUUCGUGGUGGGCUUGCUGCUUGCCUCUCUGCUUGUCAACGCGGCCCUGUACCAAAACUGGCUCGGCACAGGCGGCGCUCCUGCGCCUAGUCCUGAACGCCCCGCCUCUCUGUACGAACGAAGCCAUCUGGACGACAUCCGCGGCGUCGACACGGACGGUGACGGGGUCCCGGAUCAUCAUGACUUUUGUCCGGGCCAGAAGAAGGAGGGCGGCCAGUCGCGCUGGAUCUCCGGAAGGGCCUCGGACUUUGAUGGCGACGGUUGUGAGGACGGAGUCGAGGAUCAAGACCGGGACAAUGACGGAGUCGAGGACAAAAUGGACAGGUGUCCCUUCUCUCCUCAGCAGUACAACUUCGUGUCGAAUUCUCUGAACGACUUUGACGGAGACGGCUGCAAGGAUGGCGUUGAGGAUCAGGAUGAUGACGGCGACGGUGUGGCAAAUGACGAAGAUGAGUGCAGGAGAACCCGGCCCGGCGAAUCCUCGGACCGCGGUGGCUGCUCGCGUGCGCAGCGUCAGCGCCACGAAGACACCCAGCAUGUUGACAGAGACAAGCAGGUGCAGGAUGCGCCGCAGUCCGUCAUCUCAGAGUGGGUCGGCACCCUGAGGAGUGCAUGGCUCGAGGUGCUGCUUGGUGCCCUCAUCACGCCCAUCCUUACUGCUGCCAAGGAGCUGCUCGAGUGGUUCCGAGAGUCGCUUCUUCCUCCAAAACCUCCGACGCCCUCCUCGAAGCCAUUGCCGAGUUCGGAGGUUUCUGGACAAGCACAGGCGACAAGGUCGCUGUUGCUUCGCGGAAUUCUGUACAUCCUCUUCUUCUGCACCGUCUACGCCUGGAGGCAGUUCCGAUCUGGAAAUCUCUCUCUCAGCGCCUUCGGUGUGUCAAGCUGA